AUGGAUAGUAGUUGGAUGAAAGCUGAUAGAUUAGGUCUGGUAUAUGAGAAAGGAUUUCUUGAAUUCCUUGAAUACGCUGAUCAAAAUCUUCCUGACAAUAAUGAUAUCUUUUAUUGUCCUUGUGUUAAUUUCAAGAAUUUAAAUAAAGGUACAAAGAAUGAGAUAUUCCAUCACCUAUGUUGUGAUGGUAUAUGUCAAAAUUAUACAAUAUUGACGUGGCAUGGUGAGGUGGAAAAAAGCGAAACAGGGAGUCACAAAGUUGAUGAAGAUGAAUAUAUGGAUGACCAACUAGAAGAUAUGUCCCGUGAUAUUGGAGAAUCUUCUUUUAUGAAAGCCCAUAUUUAUGAUACUUUAUGUCGUGAUAAGGACACCCAUUCAUAUAAGAGGUGCACAAGUUUUACACGAUUGUCUACGAAGCUAAAAUUGUUUAAUCUGAAAGAAAAAAUGGGUGGUCGGAUAAAAGUUUUACGGAAUUGCUUUAUUUUCUAA